AUGAUAUCUUUACUGCUGCUGCGCCAGCAGCUGUCCAAAAAUUGCAAGAUUUCGCUGAUCAGAGCACUGGCAGAUGGAAAGGGCUCGCCCAAAGAAGGCAGUAGUCCCAGCGGAAAGCCAAAGGAAAGCACUAAAUUUCCAUUCCAGAAGCCCCCACCAACGCCACUAAAAUUCCCCGUUGAGGAUGAGGAGGAGCAUAGAGCGAAGCAUUUGGUCGAUUUGAUUAAGAAGAAAAUUGAAGCCUCUCACCCACUUCCCAGUGAAGUCGGCUGCCAAAAAGGUGGAGAGGGAGACGCGCGGACGCAUGGCAGGGACUUGGCCUGCUGUGGCACAGAAAGCAAAAGGUCCAGCUGGGCCAGGAGCCUCAAAAGUGUACCUCCCCGCAAGGCAGGACCUCCUCCACCCAGUAAACCACCACCGGGCACACCCCCGCCACAGACAAAGAAAACAUUUGGCCCACUGGCCGAUGCGGAUCGCAUCUUUACCAAUCUGUACGGUCGCCACGACUGGCGCCUGAAGGCCGCCAUGAAGCGCGGCGACUGGUACAACACCAAGCAGAUCCUGGAGCAGGGUCAUCUGUGGAUCAUCAACGAGCUGAAGACCUCUGGGCUGCGCGGCCGCGGCGGUGCCGGCUUCCCGAGCGGCCUCAAGUGGUCGUUCAUGGACAAGCCACCGGAUGGCAGGCCCAAGUUUCUGCUGGUCAACGCGGAUGAGGGGGAGCCGGGCACCUGCAAGGAUCGCGAGAUCCUGCGCCACGAUCCGCACAAGCUGGUGGAGGGCUGCCUGAUAGCUGGUCGUGCGAUGGGUGCCAACACCGGAUACAUCUACAUUCGGGGAGAGUUCUACAACGAGGCAUGCAACCUGCAGUACGCCAUCCUGGAGGCCUACAAGGCUGGCUACCUCGGGCCGAACGCUUGUGGCUCCGGCUUCGAGUUCGAUUUGUAUGUGCACCGGGGAGCCGGUGCCUACGUGUGCGGCGAGGAGACAUCGUUGAUCGAAUCCUUGGAGGGAAAGGCGGGCAAGCCGCGCAACAAGCCCCCCUUCCCGGCGGAUAUCGGAGCCUUUGGCUGCCCCUCGACGGUGACAAAUGUGGAGACGGUGGCGGUGUCUCCCACCAUCUGUCGCCGCGGCGGCAACUGGUUCGCCAGCUUCGGGCGCACCCGCAACUCGGGCACGAAGCUCUUCAACAUCUCUGGCCACGUGGAGCGACCCUGCACCGUCGAGGAGGAGCUGUCGAUGCCCACGCGUGAGAUCAUUGAACGGCACGCCGGCGGCGUCAUCGGUGGAUGGGACAAUCUGCUGGCCAUUAUACCGGGCGGCUCGUCCACGCCCUGCAUUCCCAAGGAGGACGCCAGCAAGGCCAUCCACGACUACGACGGGCUCAUGGCCGUGCGCUCCUCCAUGGGCACCGGCGCCAUCAUUGUGAUGAGCAAGCAGACGGACAUCAUCAAGGCCAUCGCCCGCCUGGCCGCCUUCUACAAGCACGAGAGCUGCGGCCAGUGCACACCCUGCCGCGAGGGCCUCCACUGGGUGAACCUCAUCAUGCAGCGCUUCGUGACCGGUCAGGCCAGAGUCGAGGAGAUCGACAUGCUCUGGGAGAUCACCAAGCAGAUCGAAGGCCACACCAUUUGCGCCCUGGGCGACGGAGCCUCCUGGCCGCCCCAAGGCCUCAUUCGUCACUUUCGUCCGCUCAUCGAGCAGCGCAUCAAAGAGCGUGCAGCCUGCGAUGCAGCAGCAGCACCGGCAGCCGCUUCCUAAUUGUCACGCCGCUCAUUAUUCCAUUUCUUUUGUUUUAUAAUAA